ACUACUUUCAAAGGUUUUUAUUUUAAAUUAAAUACAUCAAGUUAUGAAAAAAGUAAAUGUAUAACUCCGGUAAACUCGGACCUCGAUCACAUGGAAGGUCAUUUUCUUUUUCAGGAAAAAUAAUUAAGAAAUUAAGAUGAGAAUCUUGAUGAAUCACCUAGCAUUAUGCUUUCUCAGUUUCCUAAUAGAAUAAAAUCUUAAUAUUUAUUAAGAGUAUAGAUGACCAGGUGACAGAUGACCUUCUAAAUCGUUAUUUCAUUAUGUCUAUUAUAAAAACAGAAUUACCGAUUAAGAUAUGUUUGUUGCAUACUUGCAUAACUUAUGUAACAUAACAGAUAGGUUCACUGAUUAGUGAUCACUAAUCAUUAAUUUACUACCUCCUAUCAAACAAAUAACAGCAUUUAAAUUAUUUCAUAAUCAAAGUGUGUAUGGUAACAACUAGAUGUUUAAUAAAUUAAUAAUCGUCUAAAUUUCAAGUUGAUCAAACUUGUUCAAGAUGAACAGUGUAGUUUUGAUCAUUGGUAUUUUAAUAUCAGUGAAUAGUGGUUUAACGCAUAAUAUAUUAGCUUUUUUACCAAGCAAAGCACGUAGUCAUUAUGGAGCAUUUGAACCAUUAUUAAAAGAGUUAGCAGAAAAAGGUCAUAACAUGACUGUUUUAUCACCAUUUCCAAUGAAAAAUCCGCCAUCAUCUUACCAUCAUAUUCAAGUUGAGGAUGAAGAUGUCGUAAUGGGUUUUAAUCCAUUCAGUGUAGCUAAACAUUUCAAACCAAUUUUAGUUCCGUUUAGGUCUUGGAUUAUUUGGCCAAAAUUUACAGAAACAAUAUUAAACAAACCAUCUGUUCAGAAAUUGAUUCAUUCAGAAGGACUUCAUUUUGAUUUAGUUUUAUUUGAAAACUUUUACCAUGAAUGUUUUGUAGCUCUUGGACAUAAAUUCAAUGCGCCUGUUAUACAAUUAUUUCCAUCUAUUCCAAAUGCUGGUGUAGCACAGUGGCAUCGUAAUCCAUAUGAUGGAUCAUAUAUUCCAGAUGUCAACUCUGGAUUAUGUGACAAUAUGUCUUUCAUGGAACGUUUGACGAAUACUGUAUUAUCAUUUAUACAUACAGCUUUGGGUUCAUUUUACUACUUUCCCAAGCAAAGGGAUUUAAUGAAUAAAUAUUUUAAUUAUACCAGUUGGGAAACACGACCGUCAAUGGAAAAUAUGUUAAAAAAUAUUUCACUAACAUUGAUUAACACACACUUUUCUGUUGGAACACCAAGACCUCUUAUUCCUUCAUACAUAGAUGUAGCUGGAAUGCACCUCAAACCUGCAUCUUUACUCUCUGAAGAUCUACAAGAUAUCAUGAACAAUGCUCCUGAUGGAGUUGUAUAUUUAAGUUUUGGUUCUAUACUAAAUCUAUCACAAUUACCUAAAAACGAAUUUGAAAUUUUUAUCAGACAACUUGGUAAAAUCAAGCAAAAAGUAUUAUUUAAAUGGGAAUCAGAUACUGAAAUAGACUUUCCGCCAAAUAUAAUUAUUAGAAAAUGGUUUCCACAAGUUGAUAUUUUAGGCCAUCCUAAUUGUGUACUAUUUAUUACUCACGGAGGCAUACAUAGUACUGAAGAAGCUAUAUACUAUGGAGUGCCAAUGUUAGCGAUAUCGGUGUUUGGUGAUCAGUUACAUAACUCAUUAGUAAUGCAGAACAGAGGUGCAGCAAUUAGAAUUAAAUACAGUGAAUUUACAGAAGAUGUAUUUGAAAUAGCUUUAUAUAGAAUGUUGAAUGAAAAAUCGUUUAAACAAAAAGCAUUAGAACUAUCACAAAUGUUUCGUGAUCAACCAUUAAAAUCAUUAAAUAAAGCUGUUUACUGGAUAGAAUAUGUAAUACGCUACAAUGGGGCUCAUCAUUUGAAAACAACUGCUGGCCAAUUGACUUGGUAUGAAUUUCUACUACUUGAUGGUUUGUUUUUUUUGAUCAUCAUCAGAAUAAUUAUAACUAUAAUAUUGUGGUCUGUAGGAAAAAAAUUAUGGAGAAAAUUUUGUUCUAUAAAAUUUAAAAAAAACUAA